AAUAUAUAAACUGGUUCGUUUAUCCUCCUCAUCUUCCAUCAGUUCACAAACUUAUCUCUCUCUCUCUUAAAAAAAAAUGGUUCACUACAUUUUCUUCUCUGUCAGAUCCCAACUCAUAAGGGUCGUCACUCCCUUGAAAGACACCCUUUUCUUUCUCAAAGAGUACUAGUUGAGUUUGCUUCCCUCUCGGAUGGUUUCUUCCUUCUAAUUAAGGGUAAGUGUUUUCUGUAGUACCAAUUCAUCCAAUCACCUCAUUCAUGUGAAAUGCGAUUACCAUUGCUGAGAUGUUUUCAUGUCUCCUCUUGGACCCGUGAGAGCUUCACCGAAUUAGAUGCAAGAUUGAAGGGUCUGUGUUAUUCAGGAAGAUUGACAGAAGCAGUUGGCAUCCUGUGUCAUACUGGAUCAUCACUGGAUCCUCAAACUUACACUCUUCUAUUGCAAGAUUGCAUUUUUAGAAAACAAUUCAAUAAAGGGAAAUGUAUCCAUGCUCAAAUGUUCAAAGUUGGAUUUACCCCUGAUCAGUUUCUGCAGAUCAAAUUAUUGAUUUUAUAUGCCAAAAAUGGAGAUAUGGAAACUGCCCAUAUACUGUUUGGUAGAAUUCCUGACCCAAGUUUAGUUUCGUGGAAUGCCAUGAUCUCAGGGUAUGUGCAAAAGGGUCUUGAAGAGAUAGGAUUGGAUCUUUAUUACAGGUUGAGACAGUGUGGUUUGAAGCCAGACCAAUUCACAUUUGCGUCAGUAUUUAGAGCCUGUGCCACACUAGCUACUCUGGAGCAGGGGAAGCGGGCUCAUGGUGUCAUGAUCAAGACGCAGACUAGAGAAAACAUUGUGGUUAACAGCUCUCUCAUGGAUAUGUACUUCAAAUGCAGUAGUCCCCAGGAUGGUCAUCGGGUCUUUAACAAGUCCUCCGAGAGGAAUGUUAUUACAUGGACUGCUCUCAUCUCCGGGUAUGGUCUUCAUGGAGGAGUACAAGAGGUUUUGGAGCUCUUCCACAGAAUGUUAAAUGAAGGGUAUAAACCAAACUAUAUUACUUUUCUUGCUGUUCUUUCUGCUUGUAGUCAUGGAGGCCUUGUAACUGAGGGUUGGAGGUACUUCUCAUCAAUGACAAGAGACUAUGGUAUUAAGCCGAAGGGGAAACACUACGCAGUCAUGGUGGAUCUCUUGGGGCGUGCAGGGAGGUUAAGGGAGGCUUUUACAUUUGUUCAUAACUCACCUUGCCAGGAAAAUUCAGUCAUUUGGGGAGCUUUGCUGGGCGCGUGUCGGAUUCAUGGAGACAUAGAAUUGGUGAAUCUUGCAGCAAAGAAGUUUUUUGAGCUCGAAACAGAAAAUGCUGGAAAGUAUGUAGUGUUGUCCAAUACCUAUGCUUCUCUUGGGUUGUGGAAGAAUGUUGCAGAGGUUAGGGAGCUGAUGAGGGCAGCCAGGGUGAAAAAGGAACCUGGAUAUAGUUGGAUAGAGGUCAAAGGUAAAUCUCAUACAUUUCUUGUUGGAGAUAAAUCUCACCAACAAACAGAACAACUAUAUGAGACCAUGAAAAAACUCACUAGCAAUUUGAAGGAUGCAGGUUAUGUUCCUGAAUUAUGCGGUUCAUGACAGGGAGUUCACCCAUAAAGAGGGUCAAGGAUUAUUUUUAAGAGAAGAGUUCAUACAUGAAAAUUCAGGAGUUGUAAAGUGCAAGCCUGAAAGAGUGACCCAAAUCCUGUAUGGAAUUAGAUAAAUACAAGUGAGCCAGCAUAAUAUACUUGAUAUUCCUAUGCAGGCAGGGUGGAGGGGGACUUAGAAAUUCAAGUAUUGUUCACCAACUGAUGAUUCACAUCCUAAUCAUCCUAUUUGUCAUGCUCUUUUGGAUGAUUAGAGAAAUUAAUAUCAUUCUUUUGGUGGUAGAACAGUGAUACACAUGAGUCAUUGAAAGCAGAUGGGUACUUAUUGCUGAACAGAUAAGAACAUAAUCAUUCUGAUUCAAAAGGAAAAA